CCCAAUUGGAAUUAUCUUCAAUGAUCAAGUGUAUGUAUUUGCACUAAAAAUGGAAAAAGAAAAAGAGGAAGGACACGAAGAAGAUAAGACAAUAUUACGCUAUAUCACAUGUGCUGGUAAACUUCAAUCUGAACACAACAAACUUACUAUCAUAUGGAACGAUUUUGCCAACAAUUUACUUAAACCAGAAGAAGAGUUGUUGAGCUCCGUUGCACUCCCCGGCAAAUUCCAUUCAUAUAUCUUCAUUGGAUAUAUAAACGUAUCUAAAGACAGACGAAUUCUAGGAAAGUUGGUUUCUUUUUUCCCAGGUGGAACCUUCAAAUUAAUCAAUAAUAUCAUUGAAACAUUGGAAUCUAAGGGACCUGUUGAAAUGAUUAAAUUUG